AUGUCUUUCAUGCAAACAACCUUCAAAUCCGGCUGGAUCACCGAUCUGGUCCUGCCCGCGCCGCCAGAGGGAAAGACCCCUCAAGACGUGCUGGAUGCGGGCUUCGAACUCGCUCUCAAGAUGUGCUCCGACCCGGUCCUGAUGGCCCGACUGAACCCGCUGAUCACAAACGUGGUCAAUAUUCCCGCCUCAGACCCCAAAGCCGUCGACCACAUGGCUCUCUCCAAGGACUUCAAGGUCGACCUGAACGCCGACUACGCGACCGAGGACUUCCAGCACUAUGCCAUCACGGACAAACUCAACGUGCUUCCGGGGUAUAGCACAGAUCUCACAUAUUACAGCGCGAUCCGACGCACCAAGGACGGCAUGGAGGCUCUCACCAACCCGGGCUCCGGCGUGACUAUCUACGGCCGCUUCAGUAUUCGAGUUGCAGAGUCGCGCGACGUCAAGGCGCUGGAUGCAAGCGACGGCAAAGGGUGGGUGGUCAACUUUUACGAAACCAACGAAUUAAGGUGCAAUGUCAUGCUCAGCUACUACAUCCGCGCCACGACGGACAAGUCGCACCGGCUGGCGCACGGGCGGUUCAAGGAGAUGUGGUACAAAGGGAUGAAGGACCUUGGGUAUUCGUGA